AUGCACGCCAGCCAGGGAGAUGCCCAAGGACUCUCCCAGAGCAGACUCCUCACCACCCACACCCGGUUUGUCAACAUCCAUCUCAAAGCGGAUGCCAACAGUCCCCACCUGCGGCCACCAUCCUGGCCUUCCUACGCAGACCAAGUUGCCAAGCGCCUCAGAGAUGGCCUCAAAGAGACCUCCUUCCCAGUAAAUGCUAGCUUUGAGGAGGAAAAAGACCAGAGAGCGGCUCCCAGGACAGUCGGAGGCGCGGGGUGCACGACGUCCCCCAGCAGUGAUGAGGGUAGAAAUCACCGAGGCUUUGCAGGCACCCGCCUCCUGCCGGCCUCGCAGCGGUCCUCACCCCCGUGCAUCCAGCCAGGAAGCAGAGGGUUGCUGUCAGGGGCGGGCAGUGCUUCCCAGGCAGUUGGCGAUGUCCAGCCGCUCAGGGCCACCGCUGACAGCAGCCACCUGUCCUCCCAGGAGCUCAAGGAUAGACAACAGCUUGUCAACCCUUCCCAGCCUGGGCUGCCGAGGACGGGAAGGGGUGAUCCUGACAUCGCCCCGGACGGGGUGGGUAAGACGGGAAGCAGGGGCGUCCCGGCGGGGAGAGAUACCAGCUACCGCCUCCCUGGCCGCGGGCUGCGCGGGCGCCGGGUGCCCCGGCCCCUGGCGCGGCGCCCAGGUCUCGCCGCCCGCAGCCCGGGCUGGCGCUGCGCUACGCUCGCCCCAACUGACUCCGCGAGGGAGAGCGCCGAUGCCCGGUUGCACAGAGACAGCGGGCGAUCGGGCGUCCGAGGGCAGGGUGGGGGUUUUGGGGAGAAGGAGACGUCGGAGAUUCUGAAACCCGGAAAAGUUCAAGGUAGCCCCCGAGAAGCCGGUGGCCGCCGGCCCCGGGACCGCACGUGCGGCUCCCCCCUGGCCGCACAGAUCCUGCAGGGGGCACCAGCCGGGGAGGUGAAGGCUCCUCCCGCCGCUAGCUGCGCCCCCACCGGCUCCCAGGGUGUAGCCGGCGGCGCCUGGGACGCCCCCUCCCCUCAAACUGUCCCCGAAUUGCACUGCCUGGCCCCCAGAGCCUCAGCAGAGACAGCGGGGCGCCGCGGCCACCCUGAGUUGGAUGUGACCAAGCCCAGACUGGGGGCUGAGUCGUCGUCCACUGUUGCCCCCUCGGCCACCACCCGCUCCCGCCUUGGCCAUGGCCCCAAGGAUGUCGGGCCGCGGCGGCGCCGCCCUGCUUUGCCUUUCAGCGCUGCUCGCCCACGUGUGGAGCGCGUGGUUCCGUGUGAGGGUGGCAGGCCGGGGUGUCCCCGGGUCCCUGCGCAGCCGCUCCUGACCACUGGGGGGUCUUUAUUCUGUCUGUCCCCAGCCUCCGGCCGCUCCCACCCAGCCAGUCCCAGCCCACCGGGGCCGCAGGCCAGCCCGGUGCUGCCCAUCAGCUACCGGUUGUCGCACACGCGGCUGGCCUUCUUCCUGCGGGAGGCGCGGCCCCCGCCGCCGGCAGUCGCCAAUGGCUCGCUGCAGCGCUCCGAGCCCUUCGUGGUGUUCCAGACCAAGGAGCUGCCCGUCCUCAACGUCUCCCUGGGGCCCUUCAGCACCAGCCAGGUGGUGGCCCGGGAGCUCCUGCAGCCGUCCAGCACCCUGGACAUCCCCGAGCGCCUGACAGUCAACUGGAAGGUGCGAGCUUUCAUCGUCCGUGCCCGCGUGCCCGCCUCACAGCCUGUGGCCCAGGUGCUGUUCUAUGUAGCCGGCCGGGACUGGGACGACUUUGGCGUCACCGAGCGGCUGCCCUGUGUCCGCUUGCAUGCCUUCCGAGACUCCCGGGAGGUCAAGAGCUCCUGCCGCCUCAGUGGCGGCCUGGCCACCUGUCUCGUGCGGGCUGAGCUGCCCCUGGCCUGGUUUGGGCCCCCCGCCCCGGCAGCGCCGCCCACCGCCCGGCGCAAGUCUCCAGAUGGGCUGGAGCCCGAGCUGGCAGGGGAGAGCCAGCAGGCCGAGCUGUACUACACUCUCCACGCCCCGGAUGCAUCCGGGGGCUGCGGGGGCCCCCGGCGUGGCCCCGGGGCCGGAGUGGGGGCCCGGGCAGAGAGCCCUACCCAGCACCCCCUGCUGCGCAUAGGGAGCAUAAGCCUGUUCCGCCCGCCCCCCAGGAGGACCCUGCAGGAGCACAGGCUGGACAGCAACCUGAUGAUCCGCCUGCCGGACCGGCCCCUGAAGCCAGGGGAGGUGCUCAGCAUCCUCCUCUACCUGGCCCCCAACUCCUCCUCUCCCUCCGGCCCCAGCGUGGAGCAUUUCACACUCAGGGUGAAGGCCAAGAAGGGUGUGACCCUUCUGGGCACCAAGUCACGGAGUGGCCAGUGGCAUGUGACCUCCGAGCUGCUGACCGGGGCAAAGCACUCAACAGCCACUGUGGACGUGGCCUGGGCUCAGGGCACACCGCUGCCCCCAUGGGAGGACCAGGGGCCCCUGGAGAUCCUGCAGCUGGACUUUGAGAUGGAGAACUUCACCAGCCAGUCGGUCAAGCGGAGGAUCAUGUGGCACAUCGACUACCGGGGCCACGGCGCUCUGCCUGACCUAGAGAGGGCAGUCACUGAGCUGACGGUCAUCCAGCGAGAUGUGCAAGCCAUCCUGCCCCUGGCCAUGGACACAGAGAUCAUCAACACGGCCAUCCUGACAGGCCGGACAGUGGCCAUCCCUGUCAAGGUCAUUGCCAUCGAAGUGACCGGCCUCGUCCUAGAUGUCUCUGCCCUGGUAGAAUGUGAAUCUGACAAUGAGGACAUCAUCAAGGUCUCCAGCAGCUGUGACUACGUGUUUGUUAGCGGGAAGGAGUCGCGCGGGUCCAUGAACGCCAGAGUCACCUUCCGCUACGACGUCCUCAAUGCGCCCCUGGAAAUGACAGUCUGGGUCCCCAAGCUGCCUCUGCACAUCGAGCUCUCGGACACCCGCCUCAGCCAAGUGAAGGGCUGGAGGGUGCCUAUCCUCCCCGACCGGAGGUCGGCCCGGGAGAGCGAGGACGAGGACGAGGAGGAGGAAGAGCGGCGGCAGAGCGCCAACCGGGGCUGCACCCUGCAGUACCAGCACGCCACUCUGCAGGUCUUCACCCAGUUCCACACGACGUCGUCGGAGGGCACCGACCAGGUGGUCACCAUGCUGGGCCCGGACUGGCUGGUGGAGGUCACCGACCUGGUCAGCGACUUCAUGCGGGUGGGAGACCCCCGCGUGGCACGCAUGGUGGACGGCAGCACGCUGGCCGGCCUGGAGCCGGGCACCACCCCCUUCAAGGUGGUGUCCCCACUGACGGAGUCUGUGCUUGGGGAGACGCUGCUGACGGUGACAGAGGAGAAGGUCAGCAUCACACAGCUGCAGGCCCAGGUGGUGGCCAGCCUCGCCCUCUCCCUGCGGCCCAGCCCCGGGAGCAGCCACACCAUCCUGGCCACCACGGCCGCCCAGCAGACCCUCAGCUUCCCCAAGCAGGAAGCCCUCCUGAGUCUCUGGCUCUCGUACAGCGACGGCACCACGGCCCCUCUCUCCCUAUACAGCCCCCGGGACUAUGGGCUGCUAGUAAGCAGUCUGGACGAGCGGGUGGCCACGGUGACGCAGGACCGGACUUUCCCACUGGUGGUGGCCGAGGCCGAGGGGGCAGGGGAGCUGCUCCGAGCCGAGCUCACUAUCGCUGAGAGCUGCCAGAAAACCAAACGCAAGAGCGUUCUGGCUACGACCCCCGUGAGCCUGCGGGUGCACUUUGGGCGGGAGGAGGAAGACCCCACCUACGACUACCCAGGCCCCAGCCAGCCGGGGCCCGGCGGGGGUGAGGACGAGGCCCGGGGAGCUGGCCCGCCAGGCACGAGGGUGUCCCCUCCGGCAGCCCCGGGGCUGGUCACCGCCAGCCCAGCAGUGCCACCCACAGAAGACUUCCUGCCACUGCCCACAGGCUUCCAGCAGAUGCCACGGGGGCUGACGGACCUGGAGAUUGGCAUGUAUGCACUGCUGGGCGUCUUCUGCCUCGCCAUCCUCGUCUUCCUCAUCAACUGCAUCGUCUUCGUGCUGCGGUACCGGCACAAGCGCAUCCCGCCCGAGGGCCAGACCAGCAUGGACCACUCUCACCACUGGGUGUUCCUGGGCAACGGGCAGCCGCUGCGGGUGCAGGGCGAGCUGUCGCCACCCCCGGGCAACCCGCUGGAGACCGUGCCCGCCUGCUGCCACGGUGACCACCACAGCAGCGGCAGCUCGCAGACCAGCGUCCAGAGCCAGGUACACGGGCGUGGCGACGGCUCCUCCGGCGGCUCCUCCCGAGACCAGGCCGAGGACCCCGCCAGCUCACCCACCUCCAAGCGCAAGCGGGUCAAGUUUACCACCUUCACCACGCUGCCCACGGAGGAGCUGGCCUAUGACUCAGUGCCCGCCGGCGAAGAGGACGAGGAGGAGGAAGAGGACCUGGGUUGGGGCGGCCCGGAUGUGGGGGGCACCACGCGGCCCACCGUACCCCCAAACCUGCACAAUUACAUGCGCAGAAACAAAGAGAUUGCAUAG